UCAAGAUCAAGCAGAUCAUUUCAGCAGAAAGAUGGAAACUGUAAGAAAGGGUCAAAAGGAAAUGCUAGACUGUUGGCACAGGACAGAAACCAUCCCCGAAGACAACUCCUCAGACAUGAAAGGGACUGGUCAGCAGGCGGGGGGAGAGAGAUGCUGAUGAAGAGUGAGCUAAUUAAAUCAGGUGGACACUUGAGAGUGUGUUGGCAACUCUUGUCUGGAGGGGGGAUGGGAAGAUAGAGAGAGAGGGAAGCUGGCAAAAUUGUCACGAAAGGAGAGACUGAAAGGGCUGACUCAAUAGGGGGAGAGAAAGUGGGAGUAGGGAGUAAGAUGUAUGUAAACUUAUAUGUGACAGACUGAUUAGAUUUGUAAACGUUCACUUGAAGCUUAAUAAAAGUUAAAAAAUUAAAAAAAAAAAGGAAAUGCUAGAAAUAAAGGACACUAACAAAGAUAAAGAGUUCCUUUGAUGUGUCAACUAGAAUUCACACAGCAGAAGAAAGAAUUUGUGGACGUGGAGACAGAUCCACAGAAAUUACCCAAUGAAAAAACCCACCAGCAGCCAUGGAAAUCCACACAGGAGGUCCCUGUACCUGAGCUGAGUAAGAAGUGGUCGUUUCAGAGAAGACAACCCUCCACAUCUACCUCCACUGCGCAGACUGCUCUAUAUCCAACAUUAUAUGAUAUUGCCUUGCAAGUUCACAAAUCCAUUUGGAGUAUUCUCUGUACAUUCUCAUAAUGGUUUAUUUUUCUGUUUCUUUUUUUCAUUGUUUUGAAGCUAUGAAAGAGUUUAAAAAUGAAUAAUCAAACAGAUGUCACUGAAUUCAUCUUCUUGGGAUUUUCCAAUCACCCUAACCUACAGGGGUUAUUCUUCCUGAUCUUCCUAGUCAUUUACCUGACAGCUGUCCUGGGGAACACGCUCAUAAUAACUGCCACCAGGGUCAGUCCUGCCCUCCAAACGCCUAUGUAUUAUUUUCUCAGCAACCUCAGCUUCUUGGACAUCUGCUACAUAUCCACUACCAUUCCGGUCAUGCUGGUGAACUUAUUCCGGGAGAAGAAGACCAUCUCCUAUGAGGGCUGCCUUUCCCAGAUCUUUUUCCUCGUGACCUGUGCCAGCACUGAAUGUAUCUUAUUAGCUGCAAUGGCUUAUGACCGCUAUGUAGCCAUCUGUCACCCUCUUCAAUAUUCAGUCUUCAUGAGUAUGAAGGUCUGUGUGUGUUUGGUAACUGGAACCUGGCUGUGUGGGAUGGUGAAUUCUCUGACACACACAGUACUGGCAGCCACACUCACUCUGUGUGGGCCCAACCAGAUCAGCCACUUCUUCUGUGACAUCCCACUGUUCCUGAAGCUCUCCUGCUCAGACACUUCCGUCAAUGAGUCUGUGAUCCAUGUGGCCAGUGCGAUCAUUGGCUUAACCCCCUGCCUGUUUAUUGCAAUGUCCUACAUACUCAUCAUCUCUGCCAUCCUCAGGAUUCCCUCUGCUCAGAGUAGAAGCAAGGCCUUCUCUACCUGUGCUUCUCACCUUACUGUGGUAGUAGUCUUUUAUGGAAUGGCCAACUUCAACUAUGACAGACGCAGUGUAGGCUACUCCUUGGACACGGACAUCCUGGUCUCUGUGCUCUUCUGUGUUAUGACCCCCAUGUUGAACCCCAUCAUCUACAGCCUCAGAAACAAAGAGGUCAAAGGUGCCCUGAGCAAACUAUUUGGAGGGUCUGCACUCUGGGAAUAUUAG